AUGACCCAGAAAAUCCACCUGAGUUCAGUUUCCCUCAGCGUUGAGGGAAUGACCUGUGGCUCCUGUGUCCAGUCCAUAGAGCAGCGGAUUGGCUCUCUACAAGGAGUGAUACACAUAAAGGUGUCUUUAGAGCAGAAGAGCGCCACGGUCCUGUUUGACCACAGUCAUCAGAGCCCAGAGUCUCUGUCAGAGGCCAUCGAGGACAUGGGCUUCGAGUCCAGCGUACCGGAGAGCAGCGCCGCCACGCCGGUGUCCACGGACACCCAGCUGAUCCCCGCCCCUGGAUUGACGCCGGCAGCCCGACGCGAGGCUUUGGAGAAGUUGUCCCAAAUCCAGGGGGUGCUGGAGGUCCAAGAGAGCCCGCCCAGCACGGGUCUGAGCGUCACUUUUGUUCCUUCCCUGACGUCCCUACAGCUGCUCAGAGAGGCGGUGGCAGGCGCGUCCCCCCAGGACACCCCGACCCCCGGCAGCCCCGCGCAGAAAGGCCCGCACCUGCCUCAGCCGGACGCCGCGGGCGGCGAGGCCGCCGUCCUGAAGUUCAGCAUCGAAGGAAUGACCUGCCACUCUUGCAGCACCACCAUCGAAGGGAAGAUUGGAAAACUGAAAGGGAUUAAAAAGAUCAAAGUUGUUCUAGAGUCUCAGGAAGCCACAGUCGUCUACCUGCCUUACCUCAUCACCAUCCAGACCAUCAUCGACCAGAUUGCCGUGGCCGGCUUCAAGGCCUCCGUCAAGUCCAAGCCCCGCCCCCUGCAGCUGUCCCCCAGAGACGUCGAGCGCUUCAUCGACUCCCAGAGAGCGGCGCCGCCGGCCUCUCCACCCGAGGCGCCCGAGCAGACGGAGAUCUUCAUCGACACGGCGCUCGCCCGGCUCAGGGUGAAAGGCAUGCACUGCCGUUCUUGUGUGGUCAACAUUCAGGACAGCGUCGCGCAGCUGCCCGGCGUCUCCUCCGUGGAGGUCUCUCUGGAGAAGGAGGAGGCCUCCAUAUGCUACGAUCCCCUCAAGGUCACGGUGGCUCAGCUGCAGGGCGCCAUAGAAGCUCUGCCGCCGGGAAGCUUUCAGACCGAACCCCUGGACUUCUCCCGCACCCUCAGCCCCGUGUCCGCGUCGUCGGCGCCGCCGCCCGCUGCCCCGCCGUCGCAGCCCAGGCCCGCCGCUUCACAGCCGUGCUUCACCCAGCCGCUGGUGUCCGCCGUCAACAUUCACAUCGAGGGCAUGACGUGCAACUCCUGCGUGCAGUCCAUCGAAGGGAUGAUCUCCCAGAGGGAGGGGGUGAGGUCGGCUCAGGUGUCUCUGACUGACCACCAGGGAGUGUUCGAGUACGACCCUCUGCUCACCACGCCGGAGGAGCUGAAGGAGGCCAUCGAGGAUAUGGGCUUUGAUGCAUUUCUACCUGAGACCAACUCCCUGCUGCCUGCCAUACUGCCCGGGUCUCCACGUGUCCAGAAGAAGGACUUGGACAACGAGCUGCACAGCGACACCCCCCCGGGACCCACCGGAGACACGCCCUCCAAGUGCUACAUCCAGAUCGGAGGGAUGACGUGCGCCUCCUGCGUGUCCAACAUUGAGCGGAACCUCAAAAACGAAGCUGGGAUCUACUCCGUCCUGGUGGCUCUCAUGGCCAGCAAAGCAGAGGUGCGCUACAACGCUGAAGUCAUAGAUCCUUUGAAGAUAGCAGAGUGCGUGAGGGAGCUGGGCUUCACCGCCUCUGUGAUGGAGAACUACGAAGGCUCGGACGGAAACCUCGAGCUGGUGGUCAGGGGGAUGACGUGCGCCUCCUGCGUUCAUAAAAUCGAGUCGACCCUCGUCAGAGAAAAGGGGGUGAUUUAUGCCUCCGUCGCCUUGGCGACCAACAAAGCCCAUGUGAAGUAUGACGCCGAAGUGAUUGGACCCCGAGACAUCAUCAAGCUGAUUGAGAGUUUGGGAUUUGAAGCAUCUUUAGUAAAGAGGGACCGCACAGCCAGUCACCUGGACCACAGCAAAGAGAUACGACAGUGGAGGAAGUCCUUCCUUGUGAGCCUGAUUUUCUGCGUGCCUGUGAUGGGCAUGAUGAUCUACAUGAUUGUCAUGGACCACAAGAUGAACGCCUCCCAUCAUCACAACGCUACAAUAGAGGACCGCAACCAUUACCACUCCGGCAUGUUCCUGGAGAGGCAGCUGUUACCUGGACUCUCCAUCAUGAACCUCCUCUCCUUUCUCUUCUGCGUACCCGUACAGUUUAUCGGAGGCCGUUACUUCUACAUUCAAGCCUACAAAGCGCUGAAGCACAAGUCUGCCAACAUGGACGUGCUCAUCGUUCUGGCCACCACCAUAGCCUUCAGCUACUCUCUGGUCAUCCUCAUCGUGGCCAUGGUGGAGAAGGCAAAAAUCAACCCCAUCACGUUCUUCGACACGCCUCCCAUGCUCUUCGUCUUUAUCUCGCUGGGACGCUGGCUGGAGCAGAUCGCCAAGAGCAAAACAUCUGAGGCUUUGUCCAAGCUGAUGUCGCUACAAGCUACAGAGGCCACCGUGGUCACGCUCAGCAGCGAUAAUUCAAUUCUCAGCGAGGAACAGGUGGAUGUUGAGCUGGUGCAGAGAGGUGACGUGGUCAAAGUCGUCCCUGGAGGGAAGUUUCCGGUCGAUGGGAGGGUCAUAGAGGGACAUUCGAUGGCGGACGAGUCUCUUAUCACAGGGGAGGCCAUGCCGGUGACUAAAAAGCCGGGCAGCUCUGUGAUCGCGGGCUCCAUCAACCAGAACGGCUCUCUGCUGGUCAGCGCCACUCACGUCGGGAUGGACACCACGCUGUCUCAGAUCGUUAAACUCGUGGAGGAGGCUCAGACUUCGAAGGCUCCUAUCCAGCAGUACGCAGAUAAGAUCAGCGGCUACUUCGUUCCCUUCAUCGUUGUAAUCUCUCUGCUCACGCUGAUCGCCUGGAUCAUCAUUGGGUUUUUGGAUUUCUCCCUGGUGGAGGAUUUCUUCCCUGGUUACGAUCGAAGCAUUUCCAGGACCGAGGCUGUGAUCCGGUUCGCCUUCCAGGCCUCCAUAACCGUGCUGUGCAUCGCCUGCCCCUGCUCUCUUGGCCUGGCGACACCGACGGCCGUCAUGGUGGGCACUGGGGUGGGAGCCCAAAACGGCAUCCUGAUAAAGGGAGGAGAGCCCCUGGAGAUGGCGCAUAAGGUCCAGUCGGUGGUGUUUGACAAGACCGGGACCAUCACAUACGGCGCUCCCAAGGUUGUCCAAGUCAAGAUGGUGGUGGAAGGGAACAAGAUGCCUCGCUCCCGCCUGCUGGCCGUUGUGGGGACGGCAGAAAACAACAGCGAGCACCCGCUUGGAGCCGCCAUCACCAAAUACUGCAAACAGGAGCUCGGCACCGAAUCCCUCGGCGCCUGCACGGACUUUCAGGCGGUGCCGGGCUGCGGCAUCCGCUGCCAGGUCAGCAACACGGAGUCGCUGCUGAAGCAGGCGGACAGCGACAGCGAGGACAACAGCGGCGUCCUCGUCCAGAUCGGCGACACGCAGACGCCGGCCAACUCCCACCCGCUCACCAUGGAUCCACAGCCUCUAAGCUUGGUUCAGACAGCCACGUACGUCGUCCUGAUCGGCAACAGGGAAUGGAUGAGAAGAAACUGCCUUCAGGUCAGACCAGACAUCGAUGAGGCCAUGAUGGAGCACGAGCGACGGGGACGCACCGCUGUCCUCGUCGCCGUAGACAAUGAGCUGUGCGCCAUGGUAGCCAUAGCUGACACUGUGAAGCCUGAGGCCGAGCUGGCGGUCCGCACGCUGACCAGCAUGGGUCUGGAAGUAGUGCUGAUGACCGGAGACAACAGUAAGACGGCUCGGGCCAUUGCUGCCCAGGUGGGCAUCAGGAAAGUGUUUGCCGAGGUGCUGCCCUCCCACAAGGUGGCCAAGGUGGAGCAGCUGCAGCUGGCCGGGAAGAGAGUCGCCAUGGUGGGCGACGGGGUCAACGACUCGCCCGCCCUGGCAAUGGCCGACGUCGGUAUCGCCAUAGGAACGGGGACAGACGUGGCCAUCGAGGCAGCAGAUGUGGUGUUGAUAAGGAAUGACCUGCUGGAUGUUGUCGGCAGUAUUGACCUCUCCAAGAAGACGGUCCAGAGGAUCAGGAUCAACUUCGUCUUCGCUCUGAUCUACAACCUGGUUGGCAUUCCUAUUGCUGCUGGCGUGUUCCUGCCCAUCGGGCUGGUGCUGCAGCCGUGGAUGGGCUCUGCCGCCAUGGCGCUCUCGUCCGUCUCUGUGGUUUUGUCGUCUCUUCUGCUUAAAUGUUACACAAAGCCCACCGCCGAGAAGCUGGAAGCCAAACUCGGGGGCGGCAGGCGGCAGGGCAGCCUGUCUGACGUCAGCGUUCACAUCGGCAUGGGGGACCUGCGGCGUCCCUCCCCCAAACUCAGCCUGCUGGACCGCAUCGUGAACUACAGCCGCGCCUCCAUCAACUCCCUGCGCUCCGACAAGCACUCGCUCAACAGCCUGGUGCUGAGCGAGCCCGACAAACACUCGCUGCUGGUGGGGGAGGCGCUGUGCGAGGAGGAGAUCUGCUGAAGGGGCAGCCCGCAGAGACUCUCCGUCCGUAUCUGUUAUCCAAGGCUGAACCCAGCUGAGAUCAGAGGGGUUUCUGGGACAGCUUGUCCGUCCGUACUUGAAGUUAGCUCGCGGGGCCGUUUUGUUGUUCUUAGCUCAACCGGCUGAUCGGGCGGCCCUUUUUUUUUUUAAAGCGACAGCCUAUCAAGAGCCUGAAAGUCGACGUACCUUCGCCUUUACAAUCAUCAAUCCAAAGACGUCUGAACUGCGGUGGCCAGUCGUUACGAGUGGACACUACAAAAAGAGGAAAAUUUAAACUCUACUUAAACUGUUGUAUGAUUAUUCUUUCAACUAUUUAUAUCGUUAUUUAUCUAUUUUUUGUUUGUUUGUCAGUAUAUCCUCUUAUGUGAAGAAUGAAGUUGUUCGAUCCAAAUGCGCAAGUUUGAUAAUCCAUCUUUAGAGAUGUGUGAUGGUAACUCUAACCAAGCCGCCUUAUAACAAGCAGAAGGUCCAUCGUAGCCGGCUGAGCUGUAAAUGUUACCCAAGUGCCAAGUGCAGCGCCGCCUUCGCCAAGUCCGCCACAUUCCAAAGAUGGCGGCCCUCGCCGGUCGUCUUGGACUCCAUGUGCACAGAGCGUUAGCAAAGGUUACUUGUUUAUAGUCGACACGUGCUGAAGGGUCUGGUCUUUGCACCUUUUUGUCAAUGUGAAACAGGGGAGGAAGUGUGAAGCUUCCUAGUUUAUAACUAGGUUAUAAAGUUGUUACAUGAGUGACUCGUGUGCUUGGAUUGCUUUAGCUGCCUGCUGCGAAACUUGCCUCGCCUCGCCUCGGGAAAAGGUGUUCACGUCCUGCUCCUGGUUACAACUCGUCAAAUACAGUGUUACUGCUUUCUAAGGAUUUAUCUGAUGAUAAUCCGUCGCUCUGCUUUUAGAAUAGAUUCACGUUUAUGCACUUGAUCAAAGAAGCAAGCGGUUGUCCCGCAGCAUCGGUGGUUUCCAGCCGAGUCGACCAAAACGGGUGCUGCUGAAUUCACUACGUCGCUUGUUUUUACUCAAUCACCGUGUACAAUCAGAUCUAAAUGAGAUUAGAUGGGUCAUAUUCUGCAUAGAGCCGUCACUGUUUGUUUUUGUUUUGUUUAUUCGCUGUCAUCUGUUUAAGAUCUGUAGAAAGUUUGCGAUAGCUGAGCUGAAUUUAGCCUAUAAUGCUUUAUUCCAUCUGAAGCAAAAGAUCCAUCAGGUUGGUCUUGCUACUUUCCAAUAACACUAUUUUCUUCCGCAGACAAAUCUUGAAUUUCUGUGUGUGUCUGUGCGUCCAUUUAUGCCAAUCUUUUGUAUUUGUGCAGUCUUUUUGUGAAAAGAUGGAAAAGGUUUCAGGUGUGUUCGCAGUCUGCUCAUCAUCCUCUGGUUCUUCUGAACGUUGUGCCUUUAAAUAAAAAACGCUUUUGUAACGCAA